UCCCAGUUACACAUGUUUGAAUGCCGUUUAGGAGUAGCUUUUUCCAAUCGAUGAUCUCAACUGAAGUUUCCUCUGUCAGCUUCAUUAGGAGGCCCACGAAACUCCUGGAGCAUGACUAAGGUGUCGUCUGGUUUGAACAUUGUCGAACUCAGUGGCGGGAACUAAACGCCAUUUAACUUAUCUCCAACAAUGCGGUUCAAACAAAGACGACAGUGAUUUGUGGUCUUGGUGGUUUUCUACGCUGCUCCUGCUAACCAGGGCUGGGUCCCGUUACAGUUCUGAGUCUCCGACUCCCCAAGAUGUCUAUGGAGGAGCAGGAAUAUCCCGAAGCUGUGCUGGUGACAGAGGCCGGGCCCCAGUGGCUUCGAGCUGAGGUCGAGCGUCUUACCAGAGAGCUCCGUGAAACGACCCACGAGAAGAUCCAGGCAGCGGAGUAUGGACUGGCGGUGCUGGAGGAGAAACAGCAGCUCAAACAGCGAUUUGAUGAGCUGGAGACGGAGUACGAGACGGUCCGACAUGAGCUGGAUCAGCUGAAGGAGGCCUUUGGACAAGCUUACUCAACCCACAAAAAGGUGGCAGCAGAUGGGGAAAGCAGGGAAGAGUCACUGAUCCUGGAGUCUGCCAGUAAGGAGGCUCUUUACCAGCAGAAAGUCCUGGACUUGCAGACUGAGCUCAGACAGGCCAAAGCCUCUUUCACCAGUGUGCAGGCUGAAAACGAUCGACUGUCAUCCAUCGCCUUGGAGAUGAGAGAGAACUCAGAGCUGGCAGAGCUGCAGCGCAGUCAGCUGCGUGAUGACAUCAGAGAGUACAAGGUGCGAGAGGCUCGUCUGCUGCAGGAUUACAGCGAGUUGGAGGAGGAGAACAUCUCUCUUCAGAAGCAAGUGUCUGUGCUGAGACAGAACCAGGUGGAAUUUGAAGGUCUUAAACAUGAGAUCCGACGUCUGGAGGAGAACUCCCAGUGUCUGCACAGCCAGCUGGAGGAAGCCAUGCGCCUGAGAGAAAUCGCAGAGCGACAACUGACAGAGGCCUUAGAAACGAUUAAAACAGAGCGCGAGCAGAAGGCCACCCUGCGCAAAGAGCUCUCCCACUAUAUGACCAUUGGUGGCUCAGUGUACAGUAGCCCUUUCAACAUCUCCAUCAACAACCUUAAACUUCACGAGGAUGCUUCUACUGCCAUCGAGCCUGACAACGAUGAUCUAGUCAGAGGUUUUGAAAAUGGCUUAAUCAAGACAGGCGAGGGCAAUGAAGACAGCAGAGCUGCUGUGAACAAGAGAGGAGAGUUUUUGAAGCCCGCUCCGAGUCUGGUGGACGACUUGCUGAGUGAACUCAACAUCUCAGAGAUCCAGAAACUUAAACAACAGCUUGCACAGGUGGAGCGUGAGAAAGUGGCCCUGAUCAGCUCUCUUCAGGAGAGCCAGAAGCAACUGGAACAGGCCUAUGGGGCUGUCUCUGAACAAAAGGAAACUGUCAACAGGCUGACAGAGAACCUCACCGCAUUGAGGAAACUUCAGGCCAGUAAGGAGCGCCAGUCUGCCCUAGACAGUGAAAAAGACAGGGACAGCCACGAUGACGGAGAUUACUAUGAGCUGGACAUCAACGGACCUGAGAUUCUGCAGUGUAAGUACACUGUGGCUGUCUCUGAGGCUGGGGAGUUGAGGCAGGAGCUGAAGUCUUUGAGGACAAAGUACGAAGAGUGUCGAACCCAGUAUGAAGAUGAGCGAGUACGGUUGGAGAAUGACGUCCAGGAGUUGAGGUCAAGAUUGGCAUCCUUGGAAAAGAUCAGUCAAGCAGAUAAAGCAGAAGUGGUUCGACUGGAGAAAGAGCUCCGUAUGGUCAGCGAGGCUGCAGGAGAAUCACUUGGCAGCCUUAAUGUGGCCCAGGAUGAGCUCAUAGCUUUCAGUGAAGAGCUGGCCAAUCUGUACAAUCAUGUGUGUAUGUGCAACAAUGAGACCCCUAACCGUGUCAUGCUUGACUACUACAAGCAAGGCAAGGCCAUAAUAAGAAGAGGACAAGAAGGGAAGGAGCACCAGUCCCCCAUACUUCUCACUAAUGGGCUGAUCACUGAGACUGAACAUAAAAAUUCAGACUCCAGCGGCACGCCAGUUACUCCAGGUUCUGCUCCAGAGCACCGGCCAGAACCCAUGAAUAUCUACAACCUUGUUGCCAUCAUCAGGGACCAGAUCCGCCACCUGCAGCAAGCAGUGGACCGCACCACAGAGCUGUCUCGUCAGAGACUCGCCAACUUGGAGCUGAGCACAGUAGCAGACAAAGACAAAGAGGCUUGCAUGGAAGAGAUCCUAAAACUUAAGUCCCUGCUUAGCACCAAAAGGGAACAGAUCGCCACUCUCAGAGCUGUGCUCAAGGCCAACAAGCAGACGGCUGAGGUUGCUCUGGCCAACCUGAAGAGUAAGUACGACAAUGAGAAGGCCAUGGUGACAGAGACAAUAAUGAAGCUCCGCAAUGAGCUCAAGGCUCUGAAAGAGGAUGCUGCUACGUUCUCUUCUCUCCGAGCCAUGUUUGCUACAAGGUGUGAUGAGUAUGUGACCCAGCUGGACGACAUGCAAAGGCAGCUGGCUGCUGCUGAGGAUGAGAAGAAGACCUUGAAUUCUCUGUUACGCAUGGCCAUCCAGCAGAAACUGGCCUUAACGCAGCGCCUGGAGGACUUGGAGUUUGACCAUGAGCAGGCACGUCGCAACAGUGCCACAGCCGUGGGAGGCAAGGGCAAAACAAAGGGCAAGGGAGCCUCUUCCAACCAUCAUUAAGUCUAUCAUGCCAAGUGUCCCUAAGGAGGUCCGAGGUCCGGAGAGUUUGUGGCAGUUGCCAGUCACGUGUUCUCCUGGUUUCUUCACUCUCUAAUCACGGUCCAAAUCAUUUUAUCGCUAACACAAGACCAUAUCCAACAGUAUGUGCCGAGGGCCUUGUUUUGGAGUGCCAAAACAGCUAUGUAAAAUUCUGCUGAGCAUUUUGACUGCAGAAAUAAUGACUCAUCGCAUCAGCUGCCCACUGCAGUCCUUCAGUCUUCCAACAAUAUACACCACUAUUAUUAUUACUGAACCAGAGGAAGAAUCGAGUUGGGCGUCUAGCUGAUUACUCGUCGCCUGUGUUACCCUGACUGAGCACUUUUUUUUCUUUACUCAUUUGCUCUUAGUUGAUUCCUUUUUCUUUCUACAAUCUUACUAAUUGUUUCAAAUAUUACGUAUUACAAAGUUAUUUACUGGAUGUGCAUGUUUAUAUGUCACAUUCCUAAUAACAUGAUUCAGCAUAUUUUAUCCCUAUUUAUUUCAACAACACCGGAGUUUAUGUGGUAAUUUCUUUAAAACCGGAACUUUCAACUCACUGGUUGAAAUGCAACAAGACACACAUGAGCUUUUCUGCCUUAAUUGUUUUCCUUUUGGCCUUAGUUUAAGGAGUGCCUUUCUGACAUCCCAGAGAAAUGAGCUGUCUAGGUUAUCAACAUUUUUUCUUUCUCCUGUUUAUUUUCACUACAUAAAUCCUGCAGAUGUGGUGCUUCAAAUUCAGGGUCUUAGCUAGAUUUUGUAUAACUGGGCUUUGUAGACAUGGCAGAGCUGUUACAAGUUCAAAGUAUGCUUGUUGUGACUAAGGGAGAGUAUUAAUGCAAAGCUUAUUUAAAGAUUUCUAAGUUAAGGUCAGAUGUUAAUAGUAUUCAUAAACUUUAUCCAUGAAGGAAGGUUUUUUUUAUGUAAUUGUUUUAAUACAACUUUUUGUAAAACUUUUGAGUUCUAAGGUCCAUUGUCUGCAAACAAUAAGACUGCAGUGCCAUUUUGUGUUUAUUUCAACAAGUGCAAUUUGCAGAGAUGGCAAGAAAAGAGACACCUAAACAUUUAUACUAUGUGAAAAUAUUUAAUGCAUUGUUGCUCACAUACUUGAUCCUAAUUGAUUUUAUAUGUUUUUACUCUAACUGCAAUUGUAUUUAUUUGACGCUGUUCAGACUGCGGGAUGACCUUGUCCUUUUCGUUGAGGGAGCUUGAGUGGAGGUGGCUGCUCAGAACAUCAGUUAGAAAAGCGACAGGACUGAACUUGUGGUACAGUAUUUCAUGACUGUGGGCUACUGUCUCUGCUGACAGUUACAGCAAAUGAAAAAAUAAAUCCAACUUUCACAAUA